GCAGUUGAAGAAGUGAUGUACAAACAGUAAUCGUAUCGAAGUGCGAGGUAACACCAGAUCAGUGCAUUUUAUAUUCCAAACAACAAUGAAGACAUUUCUACUUAUUGCGUUUUUGAUAACAAUAUCCUACGCCGCUGAUCGUGAAAAAUUGAAGUUAUUCUAUCAAAUCCACCAAAAAUGUCUCAAGGAACAGAAUGCACAAGAUUUUACUCCAGAAGUGGUCCGAUGUAUAUUCUACGAUCGUGAAGUAGUUGACGAUAAGGCUGUAGUUAUAAAAGAGAAACUUUUUACAAUUUACGGAUAUAUAAUUUCCGAUGAAAACAAAUUAAAUCAAGCAAAAGAGAUCUUUACUAAGUGUGACGAACAAGCAAAACGAGCGCCAGGAACUAACGAGGAGAAGCUUAUGUUAACUAUUUCAUGCACAAUGCCAAUAAAAGAUCUACUCGACAAACCCCCGCAAUGAAAAAAAAAAGAUCACUUUUUCUUUCACAUAAUAUUCAUAUAAAAUAGUAACGAUGAAGAGAUAAAGUAUAUAUAAUGAGAUACAAAUACUUUUGAUCCAUUUUUUAUACUAACGGGUUAUUGGGAAUUUUACACAACAAUUUUUUUGUCGUUUGAAUUAACAUGUACUUAUUUUAUAUUAUAUUUAAUAAAAUUAUAAUUUUUUUGAAACAAG